AUGUCGGAGUCAGAAGAACACCUACCCGAGAAUUCCAAUGGAACCCAAAACACCCGAAUCAGACGUCUCAAAGCUUGUAAGCAUUGCCACUCACUCAAAGUGAGGUGUGCUCCUGUAGACGCCAAUGACCCAUACUCACCCUGUGUGAGAUGCAUCAACGCUAAUAAGGUCUGUGAGAUCGACUCGGUGGAGCAAAGAAAGAAACGGAAAAAGAGUCCCCGGCAAGAACUGGAGCUCGUGGCGCUGUUGAAAGAGCAAAUCUCGGAUUUGAAGAAGCAGCUCAAGGAACAGAGCACCGGCACCUCCUCCCCUUCAACGGCCUCCUCGGGAAAUGCUCACACCAGUCUUCAUAGUCAUGUCGACAGUCCUAUCAGUGGCGCCUCGGACGUAUCGUCGCCCCUCUACAUGACACGCAUGGAUUUGGAGAAAGAAUUGAGCCUUUUGGGUGAUAUUGAGUUUUCCUUGAAAGAUGUCUCUGACGAGUUGAGACACUUUUCUAUCCUUCGACGCAAAAUCAUGGAUGGGGGCAAGAAAGUGGAUGUUGUUUCACUUGGUUUGCUUACUCUCGAAGAGGCAGAAGCUCGUCUCGAACAGUACAAGACCGUAAUUUAUCCACUACAUCCAUUCGUGUUUGUACCAGCUGAACACACUGUCGAAUACUUGAGACAGAACCUGCCUUUUUUAUUCAAUGCCAUCAUGAUUCCAGCAAACAUGAUAAGACAAGAUGGGGAUUUUGAAGCCAGUUUAGCUUUGGAACUUCAAGCCAUAAGUGCUGUAGUCAACGAGAUUCUAGUCGCAGGUACUAAAUCUAUCGAGCUCAUCAAAAGUUUGAUAAUAAUUUCAAUUUGGUAUAACACUCCUGAAUGUUUUAAACUGAGGCGUUAUCAUAUCUUCAUCAAUAUCGCUCUGGUGAUUCUUCAUGACUUGGGUACAAACAAAAAACCUACCCCUUACGAAAGCAAAAGUGCCUCUCCUGCAGAUCUUGAUGAGCGAGAUCCAGAAUACCGAUCUCUCGUGUUGACUUUGUACCUCUGCACAGUAACAUUUUGCUUGAUUUUGCGCCGAACCGUGCAUGCUAAAUGGACUCCGUACGUAGAGGAAUGCUGUUCGGUAUUCGAAAAAAGUUCUAACGAGAAUCACAAGAGACUCGCUGUAUUUGCACGUUUGCAUCAUGAGUUGGAACGAGUUUAUCACCUUGUGCAUUCUGCCGAAGGCCCCAGCGGCAAUUCCCACAUAACCAAGUAUGCAUUCAAUGAGCUACUUGGUAGUUUGCAAAAGAUCAAGCCGCAAAUCAAACCGGAAGAUCAUACGACUAUGGCAUACUACAAUUCAGUAGAGUCAUUCUUGCAUCAACCGCUUUUUGAAGAUUUGAGAAUUCGCCAAGGCGUGAAGAAUACUAAGCAAAGUCUUUCCCUUCGUACAUUGGAUGCCAUCGGUCAUUGUACCGAUUCAUGUUUGCUAGCAUUGACGGAAUUUAAUAAACUUUCCGACGAGGCAAUUGCUUGUUUACCGCUCAUUCACUUUUCUAGAAUCGUCUAUACAGCGGGUAUCUUGAUGCGCCUUCGAUACUUUAUUUUGUCGUCACCUUCUCAUGUGGAAAAGGAACUCGUACCUCGACAUGCUGUAUUGGCAAUUCUGACUUUAAACAAGCGCAUUUUUUCUGUUUCUACGAAGUACAAGGCUAACUUUUUCUUGAAGAAGAUGAUGUUGAUAUUGCUGUUGUUUGUGAACACAUACUUGUCACAAACAUCCGAGCUACUAUUGAGUGAAGAUGCUCUAGCUCCGCAAUUGCCACCGAUCGUAAAGAGGGAUAUGUCUGAAGUUGGCUACUUUGCAAACUCCAUUCUCGAGCCUUCAAGAAAUUCUUUGAAUGCAGAGGCAGCAGCCCCAUGCUUACAUCUCGAGCUUUUAUCCUACGCUGCUACCGAGUUCCGCAAAUCUAAGGAGUCUCAAACUUCCACAUUCAUACCGAGCGUGAAAUCUGAAGAUCCAAGCGGCCUCUAUCCCGUGUCUAAACCAGCUCCAGCUGGCUCCACAUUAUUGCCUCCAACUCAAGAUGUGUUCCCUGCAAACAAUACCUUCAAAUAUCCGCCCUUAACUAAUGGCAUUGAUGCUUCUAAACGGCCCCCAUUUGGAAAACUUUAUAGUCUGAGCUCGAACACCCUCCGAAAUGGCACAUUGUUUGCAGACCUACAGCACAACUCAGAUGUCAGUGGUCCUUCUGUACCAUCAGUGCACCCCGGUGGAUUCUAUGACUAUGACCUAUCGGACAGACGUAACUCUGUCUUGAAUAUCGACGACGAGUUUUGGGCCAACUUAGUCGGUAAUAAUGCCGAUUCAUUCUAUUUUGCCCAAGAAACCCCUAUCCACACAGAAAAUGUUUUAUGA